AUGUUAAAUGGCACUAGGAAGCCAGGUUGCCGUGUUGAAAAGAUACCAGUUGGAAGGCAAGAACAAACGCGCUGGAGCGAGAUUUGCCCACAGGAAAAUGAGAUCGGUCGACGGGUUGUAAAUUUUGGGAUGUGUCACAAAAUAACACGUUUUAUGCUUAUUCACACCAAUCUAGGCGCCCUGGAUAUUCUGAUCCUCCGUGCCAAGAUGACCCGCUGUCGAGUGCGUUUGGUCCUUCUGCUCAUGUGCCUCUGUGGGAAGGCAACGGCGCAGAACAUCAUCGCCGUGGCCGCCUCGGGAAACCACAACGUUGUCCAGGAGCUCAUAAACGCCGGAGCCAAUGUCAAUCUCCAGGAUCCCCAGACAGGCACGACCCCUUUGAUCGAGGCGGCGAGUAACAACCACAGCGAGACAGUCAAGGUCCUCCUCGACGCGAAGGCCGACGCGAAUCUCACCUUGACGUCAGGUCAGUCCCCCCUAUUCUUCGCGGCCAACAACGGGAACGCGAAGAUGACGCUGGACUUGCUGAGCGCGGGGGCCGACGUCAACCUCACCGAUGUCACAGGAUCCUCAGCGCUAAUGUACGCAGUUGGCAAGAAUCACAUGGAAGUCGUCAAAAUUUUGGUGAGCGCCGGCGCGUCCGUCAACCACCAAAACGCGCAGGCCUGCCUUCCUAGCCUUCAGUGUCCCUUCCUCCCUUCAGGAAACACGGCGCUGAGUUGGGCCGUUGUUACAGGCAGCCCUUCUCUUGUGCAGGACCUUCUGGCUGCCGGGGCGCGCACCGACCUGCGCAAUAUGGAGGCUGAUAAGAACCACACGGAUGUUGUGAAGACCUUACUCGCAGCUGGAGCAGAGGUCAAUGCUAGGAGUGAAAGACAAGGACUGUCGGCUCUGUACUGGGCUGCUAACAACGGCAACGCGAUCAUGGUUCAGAAUCUCCUUGAUGCGGGCGCCAUGAUCGAUAUUCAGACUGAUGCAGGCAACACUGCGCUCAUCCGGGCAUCCAUAGCCAACCAUCCGGACCUGGUAACACUGCUGUUGACCAGAGGAGCCGAUGGCGACCACAGGAAUAGCCAAGGACACACGGCCCUCAUUCGAGCCUUGAUAGAGAAUAACAAGGAGGUAAUGAAGAUCCUUUUGGGAGCUGGCGUGUCGGUGAACUUGCAGGAUAAUGAAGGACACACCGCUCUGCACUGGGCGACCAUGACAAGAAAUGCCAUCAUUGUGCAAGAACUCUUAAAUGCCGGAGCUUCCCUGAAUAUCACCGACAUUUACGGCAACACGGCUCUCAUCCUGGCUGUCACUGCCAAUGACAUGCAGUUGACCAGAAUCCUGCUUGACGGCGGAGAGAUGAUCGAUCACCAGAACCACGUAGGAAACUCAGCCCUUAUGUUAGCUGUGGAUAAGGGCCAUUCUCAGAUCAUGAAAUUCCUGCUUGAGCGAGGGGCCGAUGUUAACCUUCAGAAUCAAAAGGGAGACACAGCGCUCUCCGUGGCCGCGGCGCUGGACAACUCGAUCGCUGCGCAGGACUUGAUCAAAGCAGGCGCCAUGUUGGACUUGCCGAAUAAAGCUGGAAACACGCCCCUCAUGAUGGCAGCUGCGUUGAACCACGUUCAGACUGUCAGGAUUCUACUCGGAGCGAAGGCAAUGGUCAACUUCCAGAAUAAUGAAGGUGAGACUGCCCUGAUUCUCGCGACCUUCCGCGGGUCUUCCCUCGUGGUGCGGGACCUGAUCGCCGCCGGGGCGCUGGUCGACCUGGCCACGAACGACGGAAUCACGCCUCUCAUUCUGGCCUCCGACAUGAACCACCCGCAGGUAGUCAGGAUACUGCUCGAGGGCGGAGCGAAGGUCGACCAGCAGAAUGUUGCAGGCUCGACUCCCCUCAUCUCGGCAGCUCGCAAGAACCACGGGGACAUUGUCAAGGUUCUACUCGACUACCAGGCAGAUGUGAACAGACAGACGCGCAAAUUCGGACACUCGGCCCUUAUCAUGGCAGCCUUCCACGGGAACCUCGGCAUCACGCAAGACCUGCUAGCGAAGGGCGCGCAGGUUGAUCUCCCGAACAAGGCCGGCACAACCGCCCUCAUCUGGACCGCAAACAGAAACCACACCGAAGUAGUCAGGCACCUCCUCGAGGCUGGCGCUGACCCUAAUAGGCAGAAUUUGAGUGAAGGAGACACGGCGCUCGACUGGGCGGCCUUCCUGGGGAACACGAUCAUGGUUCGAGACCUGCUGCAGGCCGGGGCGGCCGCCAAUGUGACGGAUCUCGCGGGUGAGGCUCGCGUCGCCGCUGGUGUUGCUCUUAUCAUUAUUCCUAUCAAUGUUGCCUUUGUUAUAACUCCCCUACUGAACCUGACACUCGCCACUAAAUCAACCAAGAAUCAACAUAACAUCAACACCACCAACAUUCGCAGGAAACACGCCGCUCGUGCAAGCAGCGCAAGGAAAUCGACCUGCAGUGGUGAAGAUGCUGCUUGCACUUGGAGUCGACUUCGAUCACAAGAAUAA